AUGUCUAAUUCAUUAAUGAUGAACAAACAAAAUCAAGAUACUGUUCUUAAUAUGAUUCCUACACGAAAUUCUUCUGUAGAAUCACAAAGAAUUUUUUCAAUAACAAAUGAACAAUUAGAAACAAUAUUAGAACGAUUAAUAAAAUUACAAAGUCCUCCUGUUAAUGUAUCGAAUGCGAUUGGAAAUCCAGGUCCUCUUGGUCUUGCUGCAUUUUCAUUACCAACAUUUAUGCUCUCAGUAUUUAAUGCUGGUUCAAAUUUAAUUGAUCCUCGUUUAGAACUAGUUGUGUUACCAGUUGCAUUUUUUUAUGGUGGUUUAACACAAUUUGUUGCUGGUAUGUGGGAAUUUCGAGUUAAUAAUACAUUUGGUGCAACAACAUUUACAAGUUAUGGAGCUUUUUGGAUGUCAUUUGCUGCUUAUAUUUAUUUCAUUGUACCAAAAAUUGAAUCAAUUAAUAAAACAAAAAAAGCAACAGGACUUUUUCUUUUAUCAUGGUUUAUUUUUACUAUUUAUAUGAAUAUUGCUGCUUGGAGAAUUUCAAAACUUUUAUUUAGUUUGAUUACUAUAUUGAAUUUUGUAUUUUUAUUUUUAAUAAUUGGUCUUCUAGCUGAUGUACCUGUAUUGGUAAAUAUUGGAGGAUGGCUAGGAAUAAUUCUUGCUGCUUUAGCAUGGUAUUCUUCAGCAGCUGCUAUUAUUAAUACAACAUAUAAAAAAGUUUUAUUACCAACGGGAGCUUACGUAGAAAAAGAAAAAUCAUCUAAAACUUUAACUACUCGUUUGUAA